AUGCACAAUUCCCUCUGGAACACCACAACCAUCUCCUACAUGGGAUGUGUUGCACAGGUCUUUUUCUUUGUCUUCUUCAUGUCAACAGAGUAUUUCCUCCUCACCAUCAUGUGCUACGACCGCUACGUUGCCAUCUGCAAACCCCUGCACUACGGGACCCUCCUGGGCAGCAGAGCUUGUGCCCACAUGGCAGCAGCUGCCUGGGCCACUGGGUUUCUCAAUGCUCUGCUGCACACAGCCAAUACAUUUUCCCUGCCCCUGGGCCAGGGCAAUGCCCUGGGCCAGUUCUUCUGUGAAAUCCCACACAUCCUCAAGCUCUCCUGCUCACACUCAGGCUACCUCAGGGAAAUUGGGCUCAUUGUGCUUAGUGCCUGUUUAAUAUUUGGUUGUUUUGUUUUCAUUGUUUUCUCCUAUGCACAGAUCUUCAGGGUUGUGCUGAGGAUCCCCUCUGAGCAGGGACAGCACAAAGCCUUUUCCACGUGCCUCCCUCACCUGGCCGUGGUCUCAGUCUUUGUCAGCACUGGUAUUUUUUCUCAGCUGAAACCUCCCUCCAUCUUCUCCCCAUCCAUGGAUCUGGUGGUGUCAGUUCUGUACUCAGUAGUUCCUCCAACACUGAACCCCCUCAUCUACA